UCACCAGGCAUCAGGUCAUUUGGCUCGCCAGCGGGCACCGCGUCAUCUGGCAAGGCAGUGGGCACCGAGUCACCAGGCACGACAGUGGGCUCCGAGUCACCUGGCAUUGGAUCGUCUGGCCCGACAGCGGGCAUCGGGUCACCAGGCAUGACAGCGGGCACUGGGUCAUCAGGCAUUGGGAUCGUCUGGCUCGACAGCGGGCAUCGGGUCACCAGGCAUGACAGCGGGUACUGGGUCAUCAGGUACCGGAUCGUCUGGAUCGACAGCGGGCAUCGAGUCAACUGGCCUAAUGGAAUCAUCAGGCUGGAUCAGUUCAUCAGGCUGGGUAGAAACAUCAUGCUGGGUAGAGGCAUCAGGCUGAAUGGAGGCAUCAGGCUGGGUAGAGGCAUC